UUGAAGGGCCGGGGCCAUCGCCACCAGUGCACGGGGACUGUUCGCAGGAAAGAGAGAGGAGUCGACUGGAGGGCAGAGCGAUCGACUGACUGUCGAAGGCCCUUUAUUGAUCGAUCGCCCUCUGGACUGAUCGAUUGUAGCGACAAUUGUAAUCCGAGCACUUGAUCACUGCCGUCGUGCCAAAUUCUGUGUGCUUAGGACCUGUCAAGAUGAGCGGGGCAGGCAAAAACAUCGUGCAGAAGGUCACCAGGGGCAUCGACUGGGAUUACCUGGCGAAGGUCGUGGUGAGCGAUGAGGGUCGCAGGGAGCUUGGAGCGUUGCGCCGCUCCUUCGAUGAUGUUUCGAACACUUUGGAGACCAAGUUCAGCACGAAAGAGACAAACAUUGACUGGAGCUUUUACAAGGCUAAGCUCGGACCGAAGAUCGUAGACACGUUCAAAACCUCCUUUGAAUCCCUUGAGAUUGCUGAGUAUGAGGAUAAGCUCACUCCUGAGUACAAGACGAAGUAUGAGGCUAUGUUGACGAAGGCCACCCAGCUAGAGGAGGAGUCAAAGAGAGAGGUUGUGAGAUUGGACAAGGAGAUUGAGAAGAUCAGGAAAGACAAGGAGAGCUUGAGGACCAGGACCGUCGAUGACUACUUCGCACAGAACCCGAAGUUGAAGGAGGAGAUUGACAACGAGAUCAGAGCACAGAACUGGGGCUAAAGAACAACUCUGUUCAAAUGCUUUGCACUCGCCGUCAACGUGGUUUACAAUACAAGCUUUAUAAUGCGGAAGCGCUUGAAGGAUUUGAUGCACAUUCUGCAUACAAUUAUUGGUUACAGAGUACGAGACAUGGAUAAUGAUUCUAUUCUCGAGGCAAACGUUCGAAUGCUGGAUCCAUUAAUUUGGAUAGCAUUAUUUGUGUGAGAAAGAUAUGCUUUUUGACCACCCCCUUUGUAAUGAAAGUGUCUCCGUUGAGCGCGUACGCGCAGGUCUAGAGGCUCUCGGGCUUUUUUGAUCAGUUGGGCUCAUUGUAGAGUGAUCUUGAAGUCUUUGGGUCGGACCACAAGGAAUAAGAAAUAACACAAGUCCAAUCGUCCUUUGUAUUUCACGCCAUACCUUCAAAGUAUGUCCAAUUCUGCUUUGACUUUGACUCAUUUGCGAGCUCGAACAAUGCCAGAUUCCAGUUUGAGGCAUAAGGCUUCUUGACCGUCCGCACCCUUUUUACUAUCAAGGUCUUGUCUCGAGUUUGGACCCGAGCGCUUUUUCCUGUUGGGCUACAUGCUAUUCUGAGCAGAAGCCUUGCGGUUUGAGCUGAGAAUGGAUAUCCUCUUAGUAUAGUGCUUUGUCCACGCAAGAGGUCCGCAAUUCAGACGCGAGUCUUAUAUCAAACUUGGGUGUACUUCAUUGAAAGUGCUCUUCAUCCUUGAGAAGGUAGUUUUAUUUCGUCUUUCAUUUUAUUUUUUUGUAAGUACAAGUAGAGUUUUGUUUUUGCGUGAAGAAAGUGAGCCUUGUUUUUGAGUGGGCCCAAAGUUUUUACAUGCUGAUUCGAUCCUCUUCUUGUGUAAAUUGCCCCGAGUUAUAGUCAAAGAAAUUAAUUUGCCGAUUUUUAAGGCUAUGUGCUCAUAGCUAUAGAAAUUUAACACGUAGACACAGUUGAGAUUUCACUUCCUUAUCUGGAAAAGCCUACGAUGAUGCUGAAGGUUCUUUACCAGAACGCAAAAUUUGUUCAGAACCUCUGGGAGCAUACAUAUUACGAAUACUCCCAUCAUGCUGGCGUGAUUCUAUAAAUGUGAAGUUUAGGUUUUAUUAGUGUCGAAAGAAAGCUCACCUCAAGCCGAAC